UAUGACAUAAUUGGAACAUGAUGUCAUCUUAUUAAAAGAAAUAAUAGAAAUACACUGGCAUUUGAGCUGAUAAGAAACAUAAUUGGUCUAGUGUGAAACAUUUCAAACUGGCGUAGGUAGUUUUUGAGUAAAACGAAGAAGUGAAAAACAUUUUUAUUGUGAGUGGAAAAACUACCCGGUAAAACAUGGACCAAAUUCCUCCUCCAAAGGAGAUAAAAAUUCUCGAGACAGCCGAAGACAUUCAGGAGCGUCGUCAGCAAGUCCUGUCUCGCUAUGACAAUUUCAAGGCCGACGCGAGGGCAAAGAGGGAAAAGCUGGAAGAUUCCAGGAGGUUCCAGUAUUUCAAGAGGGACGCUGACGAAUUGGAAUCGUGGAUACUCGAAAAACUACAGGCCGCUUCCGACGAUAGCUACAAAGACCCCACCAAUCUACAGGCUAAAAUCCAGAAACAUCAAGCUUUCGAAGCUGAAGUAGCGGCACACAGCAAUGCCAUUGUUGUAUUGGAUAAUACUGGACGUGAGAUGAUUAAUCAGAAUCAUUAUGAAUCUGAAACCAUCAGAAGACGAUUAGACGAACUUCACAGACUAUGGGAACAGCUCCUGCUCAAGCUGGCCGAGAAAGGCAACAGGUUGCAACAGGCCCUCGUCUUGGUCCAGUUCAUUCGUCAUUGCGACGAAGUCAUGUUCUGGAUCAACGAGAAGAGCACUUUCCUCUCCACUGAAGAGUUCGGCUCUGACCUGGAGCACGUUGAGGUGUUGCAACGCAAAUUUGACGAGUUCCAGAAGGACAUGGCGUCGCAGGAAUACAGAGUGACCGAAGUGAAUGAGCUGGCCGACAAGCUGUUGCAGGAGGGACAUCCGGAAAGGGAUCAGAUCGUGCAGAGGAAAGAGGACCUGAACAACGCCUGGCAAAGAUUGAAGCAGCUCACUCUGAUGAGGCAGGAUAAGUUGUACGGGGCCCACGAGAUCCAGCGAUUUAACAGGGACGCUGACGAGACCGUGGCUUGGAUCGCGGAGAAGGACGUCGUUCUGUCGUCCGACGAUUAUGGAAGGGACUUGGCCAGCGUGCAAGCUUUGCAGAGAAAACACGAAGGUGUCGAGAGGGAUUUGGCUGCAUUGGAAGACAAAGUUUCGACUUUGGGCAAGGAGGCAGAUCGUCUUGGUGCUAUACACGGAGAUCAUGGUGAUCAGAUCCAAUCCAAAAGGAAUGAAAUUCAGGAUUAUUGGCAAAGUUUGACUGCUAAAGCUAAGGAACGUCGCGAGAAACUGGAGGAAUCGUAUUCCUUGCACAGGUUCCUUGCCGAUUUCAGGGAUCUUAUCUCCUGGAUAAACGACAUGAAAGCGAUAAUAUCCGCUGACGAAUUGGCCAAGGACGUAGCGGGGGCCGAGGCUUUGCUGGAAAGACACCAAGAGCACCGAGGCGAGAUCGACGCGAGGGAGGACAGUUUCAUCGCCACAACCGAGGCCGGAAAACAGCUGUUGGAAAACGGCCAUUACGCCAGCGACGAAGUGAAGGAGAAGCUGUUCGCUUUAGCUUCCGACAAGAAUUCCUUAUUAGAACUAUGGGAAGAACGUCGCAUCUUGUACGAGCAAUGCAUGGACCUACAACUUUUCUACCGAGACACGGAACAGGCGGAUACGUGGAUGGCUAAACAGGAGGCUUUUUUGGCCAACGAGGACUUAGGGGAUUCCCUGGAUUCUGUAGAGGCCCUCAUUAAGAAACACGAGGAUUUCGAAAAGUCCCUCGCCGCCCAAGAGGAAAAGAUCAAAGCUUUGGACGAAUUCGCCACAAAACUGAUCAACGGCGAGCAUUACGCGGCCGACGACGUGGCUCAGAGGAGAUCGAUGUUGUUGGAGCGGAGAUCGGCCCUGAAGGAGAAAUCCCAUCACAGACGUACGCUGCUGGAGGACGCCUAUAAACUGCAACAGUUCGAAAGGGAUUGCGACGAGACCAAGGGAUGGAUCAACGAAAAAUUAAAGUUCGCAACGGACGAGAGCUAUCUGGAUCCGACGAAUCUUGGUGGUAAAGUGCAGAAACAUCAGAAUUUCGAACACGAACUGAACGCCAACAAGACCAGGAUGGAAGACAUCACUUCCACCGGACAGGAACUGAUCAACGCCAACCAUUACGAUGCACCCGCCAUAAGAACACGCAUGGAGGAAAUCGUGAAUCUGUGGGAGACCCUGGUACAGGCGACGGACAAGAAGAGUUCGAAGCUGCAAGAGGCCAGCGCGCAGCAGCAGUUCAAUCGUACCAUCGAGGAUAUCGAACUGUGGCUGUCCGAGAUCGAGGGACAGCUGAUGUCCGAGGAUUACGGAAAGGACCUGACUUCCGUGCAGAACCUGCAGAAGAAACACGCCCUGUUGGAGGCGGACGUGGCUUCGCACCAAGACCGCAUCGAGGCCAUAACGGCGGCCGCCAAUCAGUUCGUGGAACGCGGCCAUUUCGAUUCCGACAACAUCGCCCACAAGCAGAAGGUGCUGUCCGAAAGGUAUUCGGCCCUGCAGACGCCGAUGGCCAUAAGGAAGCAGAGACUGCUCGAUUCCCAUCAGGUUCAACAGCUGUUCAGGGACAUCGAAGACGAGGAGGCCUGGAUCAGGGAGAAGGAGCCGAUAGCCGCCAGCACCAACAGAGGACGAGACCUGAUCGGCGUCCAAAAUUUGAUAAAGAAACAUCAGGUGGUCCUGGCCGAGAUCAACAAUCACGACAGUCGCAUCAGCGCCGUAAUCGAUUCGGGUAAACAGAUGAUGGAAGACGAACAUUUCGCCAGCGACGAGAUCCGAAACAGGGUCACGGCUCUCUACGAUCACUGGGUUCAGCUGAAGGAGAAAUCGAACCAGCGCAAGCAAGACCUGGAGGAUUCCCUCCAAGCGCACCAGUACUACGCGGACGCCAACGAGGCGGAAUCCUGGAUGAAGGAGAAGGAACCUAUAGUUAACAACACGGAUUACGGAAAGGACGAGGAUUCCUCCGAAGCCCUGUUGAAGAAACACGAGGCUCUGAUGAGCGACUUGACCGCUUUCGGGAACACCAUCAACGGGCUGAAAGAACAGGCUGCUAAUUGCAGGCAACAAGAACCGCCAGUUGUCGACGUGACCGGAAGGGAGACGGUUCAGGCUUUGUAUGACUACACCGAGAAGUCCGCCCGGGAGGUUUCCAUGAAGAAAGGGGAUCUCCUGCACUUGCUCAACUCCAACAAUAAAGACUGGUGGAAGGUGGAGAUCCACGAUCGUCAAGGUUUCGUACCGGCGGCGUACGUAAAGAAGGUGGACGCCGGUCUGACGGCCUCUCAGCAGAACCUCGUCGACAGCAACUCGAUAUCGGCCAGACAGAACCAGAUCAACAACCAAUACGACAGACUGAUCGAGCUGGCCAAGGAGAGACAGAAGAAACUCAACGAGACGGUCAAAGCCUACGUGCUGGUGAGGGAAGCCGCCGAAUUGGCGUCUUGGAUCAAAGAUAAGGAGAUGCACGCUCAGGUACAGGACGUGGGCGAAGACCUGGAACAGGUCGAGGUGAUGCAGAAAAAAUUCGACGACUUCCAGACCGAUCUGAAAGCGAACGAGGUCAGGUUGGCCGAAAUGAACGAGAUCGCCAUGCAGUUGGUGUCGCUGGGACAGACGGAGGCGGCCCUCAAGAUCAGGACGCAGAUGGAGGAUCUGAACACGAAAUGGACGUCCCUACAACAGUUGACCUCGGAAAGGGCAAGCCAGCUCGGAUCCGCCCACGAAGUGCAGAGGUUCCACAGGGACGUCGACGAGACCAAGGAUUGGAUCCAGGAGAAAGACGAGGCCCUUAACAACGACGAUCUGGGUAAGGACCUAAGGAGCGUGCAGGCUUUGCAGAGGAAGCACGAAGGGUUAGAACGCGAUCUGGCCGCUUUAGGGGACAAGAUAAAACAACUGGACGAGACCGCCAACCGUUUGGUCCAGAGCCAUCCGGAAUCGGCGGAACAGACGAUCGCCAAACAGACGGAGAUCAACGAGGAAUGGACGCAACUGACCGCGAAGGCGAACAGCAGGAAGGAAAAACUCCUGGACUCUUACGACCUGCAGCGGUUCCUGAACGACCACAGGGACCUGAUGGCCUGGAUCAACUCGAUGCUGGGUCUGGUCAGCUCGGAAGAACUCGCGAAUGACGUUACCGGCGCCGAGGCGCUCAUCGAGAGACAUCAGGAACAUCGUACGGAGAUCGACGCGCGAGCGGGCACCUUCCAGACGCUCGAACAGUUCGGUCAGCAGCUCCUGAACUCCAAUCAUUACGCCAGUCCUGAGAUCCAGGAAAAGCUGGAACAGCUGAACAAGGCGCGCGAGGAGCUCGAACAGGCCUGGAUCGAGAGGAGGGUGCAGCUGGACCAGAACCUCGACGCCAACCUGUUCUACAGGGACUGCGAACAGGCGGAGAACUGGAUGUCCGACCGGGAGACUUUCCUCGCUUCUGACGUCGUCGAUUCGUCGGGCGACAACGUGGAGGCGCUCAUCAAGAAACACGAAGAUUUCGACAAGGCCAUCAAUGCUCAUGAAGAAAAGAUUGCUGCCCUGCAAAGUCUUGCCGAUCAGUUAAUCGGCAAUGAGCAUUACGCGUCCGAACCGAUCGACGACAAGCGUAAACAGGUGUUGGACAGAUGGCGCCAUCUCAAGGAGGCCCUGAUAGAGAAACGUUCCAAACUGGGCGAGAGUCAGACGCUGCAGCAAUUCUCGAGAGACGCUGACGAGAUCGAGAAUUGGAUAGCGGAGAAAUUACAGUUGGCCACCGAGGAGAGUUACAAGGAUCCGGCCAACAUACAGUCGAAACACCAGAAACAUCAGGCUUUCGAAGCUGAGUUGGCGGCGAACGCUGAUCGAAUCCAGUCGGUCCUGGCCAACGGCAACAACCUGAUCGAGAAGAAACAGUGCGCCGGUUCGGAGGAGGCGGUACAGCGUCGUCUGGAGAGCAUCGCCGACCAGUGGGAGUAUCUGACGCAGAAGACCACGGAGAAAUCCGUAAAGUUGAAGGAGGCGAACAAGCAGCGUACGUACAUAGCCGCCGUCAAGGAUCUGGACUUUUGGCUGGGCGAGGUGGAGAGCCUGCUGACCAGCGAGGACGCGGGCAAGGAUCUGGCAUCCGUGCAGAACCUGAUGAAGAAGCAUCAGUUGGUCGAGGCCGAUAUCCAGGCUCACGAGGACAGGAUCAAAGAUAUGAACGAUCAGGCUGAUUCGCUGAUAGAAAGCGGCCAGUUCGACACGGCGUCAAUUCAGGAGAAACGACAAUCGAUCAACGAACGUUACGAAAGGAUCAAGAACCUCGCCGCUCACAGACAGGCCCGUCUUAAUGAGGCGAACACGCUACAUCAAUUCUUCAGAGAUAUCGCUGACGAGGAAUCAUGGAUAAAAGAGAAGAAACUCCUCGUCGGUUCCGACGACUACGGCAGGGACCUAACGGGCGUGCAGAACCUGAAGAAGAAACACAAACGUCUCGAGGCGGAACUCGCGUCCCACGAGCCUGCCAUCCAGGCCGUGCAGGAGGCGGGCGAGAAGCUGAUGGACGUGUCCAACCUGGGCGUGCCGGAGAUCGAGCAACGUCUGAAGGCCCUGAAUCAGGCCUGGGCCGAACUGAAACAGCUCGCCGCCACCCGGGGACAGAAGCUGGACGAGUCGUUGCUCUACCAACAGUUCCUGGCCAAGGUCGAAGAGGAGGAGGCCUGGAUCAGCGAGAAACAGCAGCUGUUGGGCGUCGAGGAUUACGGGGACACGAUGGCCGCCGUACAAGGUCUGUUGAAGAAACACGACGCCUUCGAGACGGACUUCCAGGCCCAUCGGGAACGUUGCAAGGACAUCAGCGACGUCGGUAAGCGGCUGGUGGAGCAGGGCAACCAUCACACGGACAGCAUAAAUCAGCGCAUACAGACGCUGCAGUCGAAACUGGACCAUCUGGCCUCGCUGGCGGCCAGGAGGAAGGCGAAACUGGUCGACAAUUCCGCCUAUCUGCAGUUCAUGUGGAAGGCGGACGUGGUCGAGAGCUGGAUAGCGGACAAGGAGACGCACGUGAGGAGCGAGGAGUUCGGAAGGGACCUCAGCUCGGUGCAGACGUUGCUCACCAAACAACACACCUUCGACGCAGGACUCACGGCGUUCGAGAAUGAAGGAAUCCAGAACAUCACAUCUCUGAAAGAUCAACUGGUGGCCGCGAAUCACGAUCAAACGCCGGCGAUCGUCCAAAGACAUCAAGACGUCAUAGCCAGAUGGCAGAACCUCCUGGCCGCCUCCGACGCCAGAAAGCAACGUCUGUUGCGCAUGCAGGAACAGUUCAGACAGAUCGAGGAGCUGUUCCUCACGUUCGCGAAGAGGGCGUCCGCCUUCAAUUCGUGGUUCGAGAACGCGGAAGAGGAUCUGACCGAUCCGGUGCGGUGCAACUCGAUCGAGGAGAUCAAGGCGCUGCGGGAGGCGCACGCGCAGUUCCAGGCCUCCCUGUCGGGCGCCCAGGCCGACUUCGAGGCGCUCGCCGCCCUCGACGAACAGAUCAAGAGCUUCAACGUCGGCCCGAAUCCGUACACCUGGUUCAACAUGGAGGCUCUGGAGGACACCUGGAGGAACCUGCAGAAGAUCAUUGCGGAACGCGACGUGGAACUGAGCAAGGAGGCGCAGAGACAGGAGGAGAACGACAAGUUGAGGAAGGAGUUCGCCAAACACGCGAACGCCUUCCAUCAGUGGCUCACCGAGACAAGAUACAGGAUUUUAGGAUGGGACGGAACGUCCAUGAUGGAAGGAUCUGGCUCGUUGGAGCAGCAACUGGAAGCGACCAAGAGGAAAGCGGCCGAGGUCAGGGCGAGACGUUCGGACCUGAAGAAGAUCGAAGAUUUGGGAGCGAUACUGGAGGAACACCUGAUACUGGAUAACAGAUACACGGAACACUCGACCGUCGGACUGGCGCAACAGUGGGAUCAGCUGGAUCAGUUGGGGAUGCGGAUGCAGCACAACCUCGAACAACAGAUACAAGCCAGAAAUCAAUCCGGUGUGAGCGAGGACGCCCUCAAAGAGUUCUCGAUGAUGUUCAAACACUUCGACAAGGACAAAUCGGGCAAGCUGAAUCACCAGGAGUUCAAGAGCUGCCUGAGGGCGCUCGGUUACGAUCUUCCGAUGGUGGAGGAGGGACAGCCCGACCCGGAGUUCGACGCGAUCUUGGACGUGGUCGAUCCGAACAGGGACGGACACGUAUCGUUGCAAGAGUACAUGGCGUUCAUGAUCAGCAAGGAGACGGAGAACGUGCAGAGUUCGGAAGAGAUCGAAAAGGCGUUCAGAGCCAUCACGGCCGGCGACAGACCCUACGUCACCAAGGAGGAAUUGUACGCGAACCUCACCAAAGAGAUGGCAGACUAUUGCGUGGCCAGGAUGAAGCCGUUCGUCGAACCAAAAACCGAAAGACCCAUCGCAGGAGCUUUGGAUUACAUUGAAUUCACACGCACCUUAUUCCAGAAUUAGAUUUUCGCAGCUUUAUUUUAAUGUUCUAUUUAUAUUUUAAGAUGAUAUUUAUUAGAUGAGAAGUUUAAAUGAAAUAUUGAAAAGUUAUAUUUAUUAUUAUGGUCAUUAAUGCACGUGAUUGAAAAAUAUUAGUGUUAAUUUUAUAUGUUCUUUAUAACAAUUCUGAUCGAUCAAUUAAAGCUUGUUUCUUCUAGCUUAA